GUAGCUCUUCAGGUGGAGCAAAGCCGGUAACACUGACUCUGUCCCGCCGUUACCACCUGCCAACUCGAGACACGAUCUUCCGAGGUACCCGCGUGAACCAUCCAAGUAUUAGUCGACACAAUGACCAACAAAAAGACUCAUCUCCUCCUGAAGGCGCUGCUGGAUGUGUCUGAAGCCCACUCUGUGAAAGCUUUAAGGGGAAAUACUAAAAGAGCCAAUAUCAGGUGAGUCAUGGGACUCUCCCAGGACAGGUAUUUCAUUUUGUGCAUUGGUAUUUAGGUUUCGUUUUGGAGGUUUCUACAGACAACUUUGAGCAAAUGUGUUAUAGUAGUGGCAGAGUAGACUUUAUUUGCUGUGUUUGAGCUGUAUGUGUGUGGGCAGCCCACUAUAAUUGACACUGUCUGGACUCUGUCACUGUCUUACCUUUGAAAUUGGCAUCCUAAAAACUACAUGUAGCCUAAGGGAAAAAAAAUCCAGCUCAGUUUUCUUCAGCUUGAAUUUUAACACUUUAGAUGGUUUUACAUCUGACCAAAUUAGUGUAAGAUUACAAAUCGUUUUAUUUAUUCCAGUUCACUCAUACUAGAUAUGAAGGAAAGUAAACAUUAAUAACUGGAAGCCAUAGGCCCCUUCCAGAUUGGGUUUCCCUUCUCAUUCUUUGUGUUCACACAUUUAUUCUCCACAGACAAGUGGGUUCCUGUGGGGUCUUGGCAACACGAAGGGACAGCCUGCCUCUUUGUCCAUCCAUCCCACUUGUAACACCAAGCCGCAGUUUUAUCAACCUGGUUGCCCCAAUCAGCUCCCGCAGAAUGGAGUACACUGAAUGCCGUACAUUAGGGUGAGUGUCAUAACAUAAAUUAUCCAAUAGUUUACUAGAAGAGACAGUUUUUACAAAGUUAUUGAUGUUUAUUUAGAAAAUACUGGGCAGCAGGAACUCCAAAAAAAUGGUAAUAAAAUGGCAAUAUCAUCUCAAUGUGUGCGUGGCUUUCUGCAUGUGACUGUAUUCCCAGGUUUACUCCAGAGCAGAUGUAUGAUGUGGUGGCAAAUGUGGAACAGUAUCAGCACUUUGUUCCCUGGUGCAAGAAGUCUCGGGUCACAAAGGGACCAAGUGGCAACGACCAGGCAGAGCUUGAAAUAGGGUUCCCCCCAGUCUUGGAGCGCUACAGCUCUGAGGUCACCUGCAUCCCAAACCACCAAGUCAGGGUAGGUCCUAAAAAACUUUUUAAACUCCUGCAUUUGUUGUUUAGUAACAUUACUUCUGUAGUCCAUUUCCUGCACGUCUUUACAUGGUCAGUGAAAGCUGACAAAAGAUCACUGCUAAAACAGAUAAGGAUAAGGAGACACUUGAGAUAUGAGAGGUUAGUUUGCAUCAGCAGAUGACUUUAUGUCUCUGCAGAUAACACAGACAACAGAGGCUCUGAGUAAGCUUUUAUUACACCAUUCACAGACGUGUUUAUUUUCACUUGAUAAGAAGGUGUAUUUUUCCCGUAACAGGCUGUCUGCAGUGACGGGUCCCUCUUUAACCAUCUUGAAACAAUAUGGAGAUUUGCCCCCCAGAAGAACAAGGAAGACUCCUGCAAAGUGGACUUCUAUGUAAGUUUGCAUCCUACAAUACAUAAAAAUAAAAAAAAACGGAAAAACUUUUUGCAUGCUUUAGACAGACAAGGGUUCACAGUCAGUACUGUUCUUUUGUGAAUGGAUUACUACGCGCUGAGAGGAAGUGCUGAGUAAAAUCUCAUUAUGCUCUAAAUUUAACCCUGUGUAGCGGGCCAGUGUCACUGCUGGACUGAAAUAGCUCUUCAGACAGGAACAGUGUUAAAGAGCGGCCGGCAGGAGUUUGACCUUGAUGUUGGCUUAGGAUUAGCUCAGAGUCAAACAGGAAGUGGUUCACUCUCGGAACAUCUUGAAUAAGGUAGACUGAUGUUAAAAAAAAAAAAAAAGCUAAAAUCCCUAUUAAGGUGGUUUCUUUGAAGAAAAUAACCCCAAAACUGAUAGUUUCUGUUGCUAAAUGAAUAAAACUAACAAUGGGAGCAUCUUUUAAAUGCUCUGCUGCUUACACGUUUGUCCCUCUCCUGUGUCCUCUAUAGGUGUCAUUUGAGUUCAGGUCCCUCCUGCACUCUCAGCUAGCCAGCGUAUUCUUUGAUCAAGUAGUGAAGCAGAUGGUCAGUGCCUUUGAAUCACGGGCUGCGACACUCUACAGGAACCAGCAAGGAGCAUCAUUAAGGAGACGGUCAACCUGAGAAGACCUCUUUCACCCCCUGAAGUCCACAUCCAAACCCCCUCCCACCUACUUUCAUUGACAUGGAAAUGUUUAUCCGCUAUUUGCACUCACUGUAUCUUAAACUUGAGUUUUUAAGGAAUGUACUUAUCUUUAAGCUACAAAGUUAUUUAUGUACCCUCCUGUGAAUUUAUAUUUAUUUUAAAGAUAAUGGCUUUAGUUUACCAUGUUGAACUAAGAUGUUCUCUUUUUUUUGAUAAUGUUGGAUACCGUACAGACUUCUAUUAAGUGCUGAAACAUCAAAAAGACAUAAAGGCUCUUUCGUGUGAAGCAUUUUAUACAUGUUGGUGAAAUUAAAAGGAUCUUAUUUUGGUAAA